UUAACAAGCUCUUCCAUGACGUCACUUCCCACGCGCGCGCGAGAUCAUGCUAACAGCAGCUAACCACCAGCCAACUGACAACCGAAAACUAUCCAGAACCUUUUACAACCUGUCAAGAUAGUGUCAGGCUCACAGCAGCUGCCCGCUAAAGACUGAGGAUCCCCGCUGUAUGUCGUGUCUUCACAGCCGUCCAGAAGCAGCUGCAGCCCGGUAGAGAGGGCUGCUCUGGUCGUUGUUGACAUCUAUGAAGAGAACGGGUGUGUGUUGUGUCUGUAGCUCCAGGACGUUACAAGCUAGCGUUACUUUUUUCGCGGAAGUUUCUUUUCCUCUCAGGUAUGCCUUUAAAACCUUCACUCUGACUCGGCAUUAAGCCGGACAUCAAGUGUUUUUUAUUUAUUUAGUAUUCGGCUGCGAUGAAGCUGCAGUGUGAUGUCGAGGUGGUGAAUCGGAUGCUCCCCACGUUUGGGAUGAGAAGUCGAGGGAAAGGGACGAGAGCAGUGCUGUCCAUCGGGAAGCAUCUGGACAAGACGAGUCAACGCUGCAACAUCUACAUGAUGAUCUGCACAGCUAAAGACAGAACAGGCUCAAAGUACAAGCUGAAAGACAACAUAGAGAAGUUCUUCACUUGGUUUGUGGAGGAAGGAAAGGCCACUGUGAGAAUAAAAGAACCUGCUGUUGACAUUUGUUUGAGCAAGGCUGAUGCGAACAGUUUAAAGAACUUCCUCUCAGCUGCUCGUUUGGCAGACAGAGGAUGUGACGCCAACAGCCUUCCUCUUUCCACGCUCACUCCUGUACGCGCCAGAGACGUAGAGCAACCCAAGAAGAAGCUCACCAUCGUCUCCAAGAAGGACUACCCCCUCACCUCCUGCUUCCCCUACUCUCUGGAGCAGCUGCAGGUCUCCUACUGCAAACUGUCUCGGGUGGACAUGCGGAUGCUGUCCCUUAAAGCUCUCCGCAAGCUAGACCUCAGUAACAACCACAUCAAGAAACUCCCCGCCACCAUCGGUGACCUCGGCUGCCUCUCUGAGCUCAUCCUCCACAACAACCACCUGGAAGCCUUCAGCGAGGCGCUCUGCCUGUCCACCCUGCAGCGGACCCUCCAGCUCCUGGACCUCAGCCAGAAUCGACUGCAGUCCCUCCCCGCUCAGUUCUGCCAGCUCAAAGAACUAGUGAACCUCAAACUGGACGACAAUGAGCUCGUCUGUCUGCCGUUCCACGUGGGCCGACUCUCGAAGUUGAGGUUCCUGUCAGCGGCGCAUAACCAGCUAGCUGUGUUGCCCAGUGACUUCCGUAAACUGAGUCUGGAAAACCUGGACCUGUUUGGGAAUCCGUUUGUCCAACCUAACCCUCUGGACCACACAAUGAAAAUUACAUUCCCCCUUCCACUUCAAGAGUUGGCUUCCAGGGCUGUGGCCAACCUCAGGUUACCAUACGGACCUCACCUCAUCCCUGCCCACUUGUGUCGGGACCUCGAAAUAUCCAAGACCUGCGACUGCGGCCGUGUCUGCAUCAAUUUCUACAUCAAGACGGCGGUCAGCAUGAACCUGCACCAAGUCUCUCACACGGUGGUCCUGGUGGACGACAUGGGGGGCACGGACGCUCCGGUGCAGCAGCACUUCUGCUCCCUCUCCUGCUACUCUGAGUUUUUAGACAACUCCCUCCAGAGAGGGAUCAGAUGAGGAGGAACAAAAAACUCUUUCGCUGGACAUGAAACACACCAACUGCUGGAAAUUGCUGUGAAUUUUGCAAUAGAUUGCAGUUUAUGAGAAACUGUUGGAGGAUACAUUUUUCUGGUAAUGCCUUCAAGUGAAAGAAGAAUAUUGACUCUGUUAGACUUUUUAAAAGUGCUUCAAGAGACCCAUUUCGAUUUAUAACGCACUUCCCGCUUACCUGCUCCAUCUGUAACUGAGUGGCACUGACUUUAUGUAAUGAUAGCGAGCAGAAGAAGGGCAAAACAUGACCUUUUUAAGUGUCCUGCACCAUCCUACCUUUACUUUCUGCCUACUACAGGGGAAUAAAAAAGUGAAAGGAAUUUCUUUCCUCAACACAGUGCCUCGGGGUCGGUGAGCGUCGGCCAAGGGGAGUUGGUUUUAUUUAGCUAAUGACCCACAAUUUUUAUAUACAUGUGAAGAAAUUCAAUAAAAUAAAAGUUAUCAUCAAAUUGUCCA